AUGAUGCUUCAUGGAAUUGACUACCUCCACUCUGAGUGUCAUGUUAUUCAUACCGAUUUAAAACCCGACAAUAUAAUGAUCAAAGUUGAGGAUCCAUCUAUCUUGGAAGAAUCCGCCAGAGAGGAAUAUGAACAUCCUCUGCCACAGAAGAUGUGCCCAGAUGGCCGCACAAUGUAUCUCUCUCGAAAUGACUUUGGCAUCUCCGAAAAGACCACAGGGAUAAUCCAAAUCACAGACUUCGAUUUAUCUGUCCGUGGGAAUAGGCCAAACAGAGGGUAUAUCCAGGCGGAAAUAUAUCGUGCCCCAGAGGCUAUUCUGGAUGCAGGUUAUUCGUACAGUGCCGAUAUCUGGAGCUUAGGGGCUAUGUUAUGGGAUCUUCUUGAAGGCAAAAAGCUAUUCAAGGAGGUUGAUCCCCUCCAAGUUCAAGAAUAUGAUGAGCUCAACCAUCUUGGCCAUAUCUCUGCACUAUUAGGCCCUCCUCCAAAGGAACUUCUAGACAAAGGAACAAGGACCGAUCUGUUUUACAAAUCUGAUGGACAAUUCAAAGGCACAACUAUUGCACCAUCGAACUUCAACUUUGAAAAUUCAAUAUGCCAAAUCCACAACGAGGAUAAGAGGAUGUUCAUCGAGUUCGUACAAAGGAUGAUAAAAUGGUGCCCAUAA